AUGAAUACUUAUAAUAUAAAUGAACUUUCUUCAACAUCUGAAUCUGAUUGUGGAUAUUUAGUUGAUUCAAGAUAUUGUCGUACAACAGUUAGAUGUAAACGAAAAGCAUUAAAAAAAACAAUUAAAUUAAUUCAUGGUCGUUGUGUAGUUAUUUAUCGAGGUAGUGGAGAUCUUUUACCUAUUGCAGCAAAAGAUGCUGAUCGAAAUUGUUAUUGUGAUUUUGUAUUUGUUUGCCAUGAUCCAAAACCAAUGAAUCUAGCAAAAGAAAUAUCAACAAUGUCGCGAUCUCGAUCAGCUAUACAUGAUUCAUCAACAUCUGAUGAUGAUGAAGACAAUGAUGCUGAAAAUAAUAAUAAUAAUAAUAAUAUUUUUCAAAAACGUUUCAUACCAUCCAGUAGGAAUCAACGAUUAUCAAAACAAAAUUCGUUUUUAUUUCCAACUAAGAUAAAUGAUAGUAAUAACAAUGAAAAUACUGAUUCUUUUAUUACAAUUGGAAGAGAAACAGUGAUCAAGAACAGUUGUGUAACAAAACAUAUUGAUACUAAUGAAAAUGAAAGAUCGAAUGAACAAUUAGUAGUGGAAGAAAUUGAUGUUGAUGUCGAUGAAUUAAUUGAUGGUGAUGAACCAUCAGCUUCGAUUGUUUAUUUUCCUUCAUCACACACGAAACCUAUGUCGAAUAUUGUUAUUGACAAAAGUCGAUAA